AUGACUAUUGCUGCAUAUGCAUAUGAAACAAAUGAAGCAAGAAGAGCACAUGAACUAGUAAACGAAAACUCAACUUUAACCAUUGAAGGCAAUGAUUUAGUCAUUGACGAUGGAAAAACUAAAAAAGUCAUUGAUUUCGAUACUUUUAACACUUAUGACCCAUUCAUUACAACAAGCAAGGUUCCCAUCAUAAAUGAUGGAACGGUGCAAUAUAUAAAUUCAACAGUAGAUGCCUCAUUAGUGAAAGUACUGAAUGUUCUCAUUGAAUUGUUAAAGAGCUUUCGAUUUGACGACAACAUUAAAUGCCUAAAGAAUUUAGUCAUGAAUGAGAAACAAAUUCUCGGCGUUGCUGGUAGCAGUAAUGAUGUACACCUUAUGACAUUAGAAUAUUAUAACGAACAUAAAGAUGAACUGAAAGGAGAGAAGGGUGACACCGGACCUCAAGGACCACAAGGAAUACAAGGAAUACAAGGACCUCAAGGCGAGAACGGUUUGGAGGGUGUAGAUGGAAAGGAUGGAAAAACUGCUAAAUCAUGGAUAUGGAACCUUAUAAAUACUGGUUUAACAGCUGCGUCAUAUGGAGUUCUUCAAUACCAAAUCGGAAAGAUAUGGGCAGUACUUGGUGAAGAAGUUUUAGAUGACGUUAAAAAUGCUUUGAACUUCAUUUCAAAUGGUUCGGAUACUAUUAAAACUUUAUCUGGUUGGAUGCAAGAAACAAGGAGUCAAAUAGAUACUGUAAGACGUAUAGCAAACAAUGCACGUACGGGAUUGGAUACUUUACGAGAAGCACAAAAUACACUAAAGGAAGCAAAUGAUAUUCUUGGCUCAGUAUCAGACAUGCAUGAAGAUUGGCUUAAAGGUAUUGACAAAUCUUUAAAAAAUCACAGUCAGUCUAUUGCUGACUACAAGAAAAGUAUAGAUUUUUUACAUAGUGCUAUGGACGUACAUGAUGGAAGCAUAAGGAACUUACUUAAUGCUAACAAUAACUUACCAGGAACUAUUAAAGCAUUUAUAAAGUCCUUUGUAAAACCCGGUGCUCUAACAUUUAGGUCUUUGAGAGCAAGAGCAUUGAA